UGAAACCAUAGGAAAGUCCUGGUGGGAUGGGAACACCUGCUUGCUAUGAAUGCUGUUUUCCUUGCCACGACUUUCCAAACCCUAGUCUCUGGGAGUGACUGGACUGGACAGGACUGGAGAGGAACACAUCAUAUCGUUUAUAAUCUCCACGGCACACCGGAGGGCCUUUUCUCUAAUCGCCCGUUUUCCUCUGGCCUUAGGCGCAAGACAUUCUCCCCCGUCCCUUAGCGCUCACUAGCCGUCGCCGCGCCAGCCGCUGUCGAACCGUCGUUGGUGGUUGCGGCCCGAUCCCCAGCAGCGGCGUUUGUCCGAAGCGAGAGGGCGAGCUGUGGGAUCUCGCCAUGGGAGCAGCCAGCAGCUCCGUGGACGCCGCGGGGAUGGUGGGCGAGGAGCGGCGGCUGCACGAAGGGGAGGAGAAAGGGGAGGAUGGGGCGGAAGGGGAGGGGGAGGAGGGGGAGGACGACAUGGGCGCGCUGUGGCGGCAGUUGAGCCGGUCGGUGCGCAUGCGGGUGUCGCGCGGCGACGGGCCCAACCACUGCGAUCGCCUGGCGGAUGAACAGCUGGUGGACGUGCUGUCUCGCCUCGGCGCACUUGACCUCACGCGCGCGGCCCUCGCCUGCCGCCGCUUCAACCGGCUGUGCCGCCAGGUGCGCGUGAUUGAAAGCGCGGGCGAGAGCGCUGCGGAGGUGGCGCGGCUGCUGCGCGUGCUGCCGGGCAUCCUGGGCACGGCGUCCGUGGUGCGCCUCGUCAGCCCCGACAGCGAGGACGACGCCGCUGCUGAGAUCCGCGCCAUCCGUGCGUAUGGCUUCCGAUGCGCGCCCGCUGCUGCUGCUGCUGCUGGCAGUGCGGACAGCUGCAGCAGCGGUAGCAGGGUUGGCAGUGGCGGUGCUGACAGCGAGGGUGUGAGUUGGGGGGGAGGUCGUGGGGUUGUGGCAGGGGGAACGGCUGCUGGGGAUCGCCUUGCAGGAAGCAUCGGUGCUGCAUCUCCAGCAUCAGCAGCAGCAGCAACAGCAGGGCGUGGGUCUGCUGUGGUAGAUAGGGGCGACAGAAACAGGAGUGCAGGAUACGUGCGAGUGGGGGGUGAAUCUGAUGCAGCAGCCACAGGGGUGUUUGCAGCGGACACGGAUGAGGCAGGCACGGCAGCAGCAGCAGCAGCUUCUCCCUCAUCCCCCCCACAGGCGCACGAGCAAGGAAGCGGGCAGGAGGCGGGGCAGGCAGGGGAGGGCAGGGCAGCGUACGUGUGGGGGGGCUCGGAGCUGUCGUGGGAGAACCUGCCGUGCCGGCACGCAAAGAGCGUGGGCAUGUUCCUCUGCCCGUCGCUCACGGCGCUCACCCUGGGCGUGGUGCACGUGCGGCGCCACAGCCUGCCCACCAUGGCCGUGCUGCACCUGCUGCCCGACACGUGCCCGCGCCUGCGCACGCUGCACGUCACCUGGAGCUGCCUGCACAAGGAGGAGCUGCUCGCCGGCUUCAGGGGCGCGCACGCCCGCGCGCUGCUGCUGGGGGGCAUGCUGCCAGGGGGCGCGGAGGGGCUGCCAGGCCUGGGGCUGAGGGGCAGGGGUAGGGCGGGUGGGGGCGGGGGGGGGAGGGAUGUGGAUGGGGGAGGGUGGGGAGGAGGAUGGGGUAUGGGAGGGAGGGAGAGGCUGCUGGUUGGGGAAGACCUAGAGGUGAGGGCGGGUCCUGCACGGCUGUGGGAUGAUGAUGAUGAUGAUGAUGAUGAUGAUGGGGAUGGGGAUGGGGAUGGGGAUGUUGACGCUGACGCUGACGCUGACGCUGAUGCUGACGCUGAUGCUGAUGCUGACGCUGACGCUGACGCUGACGCUGAUGCUGAUGCUGAUGCUGAUGCUGAUGCUGAUGGUGAGGAUGGCGAGGAUUCUAGUUUGAGUGGCGGAGAGGGCGGGGAGGAAGACGAGGGGGAGGAUUUCGCAGUGGCGUUGGGGCAGGAGGGUGAGAGGGUGGAAGGGGGGGGCGAGGGCGAGGUUGCAGAGGGGGGUGGGGAGGGGAGGGGAGAGGGGGAGGAGGGGGAGGGGGAGGAGGAAGAGGAGGAGGGUAUGACGGUCGCUGCUAGUCUGGGGUCAGUCGGUGACAGAGAUGGGGAGGGAGGAGAGGAAGGAGGAGAGGAGGGAGGAGGAGAGGAUGAGGCGGAUGGCAUGAGGCAGCAUUUGGGGGCACAGCAGGAGAGGGCGCACGAGAGGUUGGAGGCAGCAGCAAUGGAAAGACAUCAGGAGCAGCAGGAGGAGCAGGAGGAGCAGGAGGAGCAGGAGGAGCAGCAGGAGCAGGAGGGUUAUUCAAGGGCGGUGGACGUGGAUGAGGGCUGUGGUUGGGGUUCAGGUCACAGUGCGGCGUGGACGUUGCUGCGUGCUCUGGCGCCCGAGGCUGCAGCACACGCGCAGCCCGGUGUGCUUGUGACGGGGGGCACGCCCGUGCAGCAGCACAGGCAGCCACAGGGCGAGGGGCUCAUGGGAGGGGCAGUUGAGGGAGGAGGGGAGGGGGAAGAGAGGGGAGAAAGAAUAGGGUGCUGUGAGGGGGUGGGCUGGGAGAGGGAGAGAAAGAGAAAAGAGAGAGAUAGGGAGUGUCAGUGUGACUGUGAGAGCGAGGGGGAGAGAAGGGGGAGGGAGAGGGGGAGUGAGCAGGAGGGUGAGGAAGGGCCGAGUGGGUUAGGGGUGCGGUUGCAGGAUGUGGUGAGGGCAGUGGUGCGAGGUCACCUGGACGCACACACCAGUGCUGAUCGCCCUGCCAUUGCAGCAGCGGCGGCGGCAGCAGCAGAGGAGGGUGGCGGGGGCGCAGAGGAAGUGCAGGGUGGGUGGUGGAGCGGAGGGGAAAGUGAGGGCAUGCCGGGGGCGGACAGGGAGAACGAGCAGGGCACACAAGUCGGCCAGCAAGGGGAAAGUUCCUUGCAGCCAGUGCGUGCCAAUCAACUGUUGCCGCAUCCCUCGGUCGCAAGCCCGGCAGCAUCCCAUCUCUCUCCUCCUCCUACUACCCGUGCUGCUGCUGCUGAUGUUGCUGCUGCGCCUGUUGCUGCUGCACCUGCUGCAGCUGGGGGUGUGGAAGAUGGUGGCACGGAGGGGACUUGGGAAGGAUGCGCAAGACUAGAGGGGCGAGAGGGACGUGGGGAGGCUGGGAGGGCGUGUGUGGUGGAGAGUGGGAGUGGAGUGGACAAGGAAGCAGCAGCAUGCAUGCGAGGCACAGCUGCCACUGGUGCUUCGUCUGCCUCCGUUGAGCCUUGCGAGCGUGGAGAUGCACUGGGUGCGGGGAGCAGCGGUGUGAGCGCACAGGGCAGUGGUGGUGCUGCUGCCGUGCACAUGACGCCUGCCUGUGCGGCAGUGCAUGGCCCGCACUGCAAUGGGGAUGGCGCGCAGUGCCAUAGCCGUGCACAUGAGGGGGGCACUGCUGCCCACGCUGCUGCCCCCGCUGCUGACCCCACUGCUGCCCAUGCUGCGGACCCUCCUGCUGCCCCUGCUGCCCCUCCUGCUGCCCGUGCUGCUGACCCUGCUGCCUGUGCUGCUGAGUACGGCCCUAGUGAGAUGACAGAGGGAGCAGCAGAGCCCGAAGGAGGGGUUGAGGGGAGAGGGGAGGGCGAGAGGGAUCAGACGAGGACAGGGGAACAGGAGAUGGGAGGGGGAGAGGAUGGGGAUGGGGAUGAGCUGACGCCAGGGGAGGGGGAAAGGUUGGGCGAAGCACAAGACGUGGAAUGGGAGGGUGGGGAUGGAAGGGGGGAGGAGCAACAGGAGCAGCAAGGGGAAGAAGCAGAUGACGCGAUGGCAGCAGCUGCGGCGGCUGCUGUGGUGGCGGCUGCAGCCACUGCGGAUGACAUCGACGCUCCCGUCGCUGCAGCAGCAGCGGCAGUGGCGGCGGCAGCAGCAGCAGCAGCGGCAACAGCGGCGGCGGCAGCAGGAACGGAGCUGGCGCGGCGGCUGGUGGAGCGCAGCCCCACGUCGGUGCUGUACGGGGCGGGCGUCAUGACCAGCGCCGUCGAGCGCCUGCUCGCGCGCUGCCCGCACCUGCAGUCUCUGCGCCUGCCGGGGCUGCUGGCCACGGGGCUGGCAGGGGGCCACGCGCGGCUGCAGCGGCUGGACGCGACGCUGGUGUUCGAGCUGGGCACGGGCGCACGGGUGCUGCAGCGGUGUGUGAGCGCGUUCCCCGCCCUCACGCACUUGCGCAUAGCCACGCAGUUCAACGCGCUGCCGGGGGACGACAGCAGCCUCGCCGACUAUGGCGGCGCCACCGCUGUGGUGGCGCCAGCAGACUCGCAGCUGCAGGAGGUGGACCUGGAGAGCUUCCGCCUGCCGCUCGCCAUGUCCUUGGCCCUGCCGCGCGUGCGCCGCAUCAAGCUGUACCGCGGGGACGUGCACGGCUUCUCCCCGCCGCCGCCGCGCUCGCUGGCCCUGGCGUGCCCGCUGCUGCUGGAGCUGGACAUCGACUUCCUCAUCACCUCGCCUGCCCUGCACGCCCUCGCCUCCUCCUCGCCGCUGCUGCGCAUCCUGCGCGUGCGCCACCCGCCGCCCGUCGUGCACCUAGACCCAUCCUGGCAGCACCUGCGCGAGCUCUUCCUGGGCGGGCUGGGGGAGAACUACGGCGCGCGCGAGAUCUGCCUGGCGUGCCCGCGCCUGCAUCAGGCCACGGUGGCGCUGGGCGUGGCGCACACGGACCGGCUCGCCGUGGACUGCCCGCUGCUGCAGGAUCUGCGCGUGCUCAGCUUCGGCCUCGACACCGUCGACUGCCGCUUCCACUGCCCCUCGCUGCUCUCGCUCGCCCUGGGGGGCAUUGACCCCGGCCCGCUCGACAGCAUGGGGCGCGGGUGCCCGAGCCUGCGGAGCCUGGAAGUGUGCUGCCCCAAGGCACACCACGUGGUGCUGGGGGAGGAGUUUGCGCAGCUAGAGCGAGCGUCCAUCUCGGGGCUGGGCGUGUGCCGCACGCUGCAGGUGCACUGCCCGCGCCUGGCGUCCCUCACCAUCUACUGCACGUGGUCCGCGCCCUGCCUUGUGGAGGCCGCUGCGCCAUGCCUCACGGACCUCAGGUUCCGCGCGCGCCCGGCGGAGUGGGACCAACCCGUGCGGUUCGCGCUGCGCUGCCCGCGGAUAGAGAAGCUGGAGCUGCCGUUCGUGGUGGCGGACCUAGCUAGUCUCGGCGCCACGUGCCCGCGCUUGGCGCACCUGGCCGUGGACUAUGUCGUAGGGGGCGUGGUGCGCGUGGGGUCUGACUUCACGGCCCUGCGCACACUCAAAAUCGCCCAAGCAGAGGCCAGCCUGCAGGAACGCCCACUGCCGCCCAUAUCCGUGCUGGAUGUGCGGUGCCCCAGGCUCGAGAUUCUGGUGUGCGGGUCCGCACCUGACAGCAGCAGCAGUGAUGGUGGGGUGACUUCCACGGCAGGCCUCCAUCCUCCUGCCAAACCAAUCUUCUCCUCAAAUGCUGCUGCUGCUGCUGCUGCUGGCAGCGACUCUCGGUCGUCACCCUUUCCAGCUGCUCAACCUGCUGCAACUGCUGCUCGUGUCCCCACCACUGCUGCGCACGUCCCUGUGCCUGCACCCCACCCCCAGCCUGUGAAGCCUGCCCAGCGCGCCAACUACUGCCGCAUCGAGUGCCCUGCUCUGGACCUGCUGGACCUGGGCUUCCUCCCUCUGCCCCUGCUGCCCUCCAUCGCUGCCGCCUGCCCCAAGCUCAGAGUCCUCCGUGCCGUGGGCCCGCUGACUCACUGGCGCGCCCCAGGGGUGCCUGAGGUAGCGCAGCAUGCAGCCAGCAGCGGCGGUGGUGCGGCGGAUGGUGCGAGGGAGAAGUCUGGUAGGGGUGCAGCAAGCGGGGAUGGGCCCCUGUUGAGCGAGCUGGAUGUUGAGACAGGGCGGAGAAGGAAGAGGCAGCGGGACAGUGAUGGGUCGUUGCAGGGGUGUGAUGAGGGGGAAUGCGGGGAGGAGGGGCAGCAGCGCAGGAGGGGGGAGAAGAGAGCAGCAGGUGCUGCAGAAGAGAGGGGAUUAGGCGUUGGAGGAGGCGAGGAAGCAGGGGAUGACAGCGGCAAGGGGAAGCAGGCGGCAGAAUCGUUGCGUGGUGAGUGCAGUGACGAGGGGAGAGGAGGAGUGGAGAAGGACAUGGGGCCAGCACGUGGUGAGUACGGUGUGCUGCACGGUGCAUCGCAAGUUGACAUGAGCGCAUGCCUCACGUCUCCUCCCCCCAGCCUCCCCUCCCACACACCCCAUCCCACCACGUCCCCUCAACCCAACAGUCGCCCAGCCACCUCUAUCCCCCCCUGUACCAGCGUCCCGCAACCCCCCCUGCAUUGCGCGCGUGCCCCUGCCAUUGACGUGGGGGCGGCCUUCGUGUCUCUGGAGCACCUGACGCUCAAGGUGCUCGACUGUGCCUUUGGCGCGCAGGCAGGCCACCCCGUGCCGCCGCCCUCGCCUGCUGCCCCCGCCACAGGGCUGGGGUUUGGGGGUGCUGCGCCGUGGCCCGGGUGGCAGGGCGGCAUGACGAGGAGCCGCACCAUCCGCCACGCACGGCCCUCCGCCAUGGAGGGGGGCAGGGCGCUCGUUCGGGAGAGCGUGGGGGAGAGGUCGUUCAGAGAGAGGGAAGGGCGGGGGGAGGGUGCGGUGCGUGGGGAGGGAGGGGAGAGGGGUGAGAGGGUAGGGCGGGAUGUGGGUGGACGAGAUGAGGGGUUGGGGCAGGAGGCAAGGGUGGACGAUGGGGCAGGUGAGGGGGAAGGGGGCGCUGAGGGGAGGCAGGAGAGCAGUGGAGUGAGUGGGGAAAGGGGGGAGAGAAGGGGGGAGGGACGAGGUGUUGGAGAGGCGGUGGUGAUUCGAGGAGCCGGUGUUGAGGUGGGGGAGGAGAGGGCGAGAGAGGAGCAAGGGCAUGGGAGUCGUGAAAGUGCUUUGAGCGGGCAUGGCUCUCUUGACUUGCGACAAGACAGGGUAGGAGAAGCGAGGGGGGCAGGGGACGAGCCAGAGAGGGGGAAUUCAGUGGGAGGAGCGAGUGAUAGUGGGCUUUCAGGGGUGGGGGAGAGGCAGGCAGUAGGGAGUGGGGCAUGGGUGUCGGGGUUGCGGCGCGGGCAGAGGAGGCGAGUGGCAUGGAUGGAUCAAGGUGGGCUGGCUUCCAGUGCGGCGAGCAUGCAGGGGGGAGCGGCCGGAAGGGAUGCUUCAGUGGGCGCAGGGGGGGCAGGAGGAGUGCGAGGGGAGCGGGGAAGGGAGAGUACGGGUGUUGGCAGGGAUGGGUUGGUGGAGGGAGAGCAGAGGAGGAGGGGAGAGGGAGUGGAUGGUGCUGGUGGGGACAGUGGAGGGGUGCGGGAGUGGGAUGACAGGGAGAGAGUGAGGGCAGGGGGGAUGUUACGGCAGGGAGCAAGGGCAGAGGAAGCAGAGCAAAUGGGUGCAGGAGGGAUGCAGGGAGCAGCAGCAGGAGCAGGGCGGGAGGCAGAAGGGUUUAUGUUACGGCGGUCGAACCUGCUGACGAGCAUGUAUGGGCGCGUGGGGGAGCAGUUCACACGCACUGCCAUGCACCUCUCGCACGCCGCUGCUGCCCGCCAUCCUGGCAGGGACACGGCCGGGGAGGGGCCGAGGGAGCGGGGGGGAGACGGAGUGGGGGAAGGGACGGGGGAGGAAAAUAGAGGAGGGGAGAGAGGGAGUGCAGAGUUGAGAGGGCGGAGAGGCGUUGACGAGGGACGGGAGGAGGUGGGUUCAGGUGUGGUGCGUGGUGAUGUGUCUGAGAAAGGUUGCAAGGAUGGGGGAUGCAUGCAUGCGAGGGGCAGUAGGGAUGCUGGCAGUGUGGCCGCAGAUGGGAGCGGUGGUCCAGUAGCGCAUGGUGCGGCGGAUGUGUGUGUGGACGUGCGUGUGUGCUGUCCGCUCCUUCAGCACAUGGAGGUGCUGCUGAGUGUGGGCCGUGUGGGGGACGUGCAGGUGCGCUGCCCCAGCCUCAGGAGCCUGCUGCUCGUGCACGCUCACAGGGCAGGGGCGUGGGGGGAAAGGGAACGGGUAGGCGGUUGGGGCAAGGGAGUGGGAGUGGGAGGAGAGCGCGAGGCAGAGGAGGUAAGGGAUGGUGGUGGGCAUGGGUUGGAGGAGAGGAGGGCUGCUGCUGCUGCUGCUGCCUCUGCGCGUGGUGCUGAUGGCAGCGUGUGCCGUUCGUGCGUGGCUGCACGGCCUCACUCGUUCAUGCUGGAGUGCCCCCAGCUGCAGCGCUUCAAGUGGGUGCAGGCCAACACCCACCACCGCGUGUGCUGCCCCAUCCUGCACGCCAACACCCGUCUCUCCCCCUCGCAACUCUCCAUGCUCUGGGGCAUCCCACUCUCAUCCUCCCUCUCUUCCCGCUCUCCAUCUCCCUUCAACCACUCAAUUUCCUCCCUUCCCACCUCGUCUCGACCCCUUACUACCUCCGCAGCCUCUCGCCGCCUGCCCACAUCCCACCCCUUCUCCCCGCACCUCCCCCCCUGCCCCCCGCCCUCGCUGGUCGCGUGCCUGCCGUCCUUCAGCUUCGGCGCGGCAUGUGCAGUGGUGAGGGAGGUGGACAUCUCCAAGUGCUGGGGGGUGCCUACCAGAGCCGCCCCGGGGGGGCACUUCCCUCGCAGGCCCGGCGCAGCGAGCAUCAGGGCAGGGGCGAGCAGGCUAUGGAGCAGUGGUGCAGGGGGGGGAGAGCAGGGCGGGGCGGUGGGUAGUGGUGCUGGGGUUGGAGGUGCAGGCAGGGAUGGCUGUGGUGAGGGGGAAUGGGAUGGUGGAGGGGAGGAGUGUGGGUGGGCGGUGGUGUUUGGGCCGGAGUGGGCGAGUUUGCAGAAGCUGCUGCUGUGGGAGGUGGCUGCCACGUCCAUCACUGUCGCCUGCCCAAGGCUACACAAGCUGUCGCUGUGUGUAACGCCAUCGUCCGCCCACAGCCCUGCUGUCACGAGCAUCACCAUCAACUGUCCGCAGCUCGCCUCUCUCUAUCUCGACCUGGGCAACAACCCUUCUUCCUCCUCACCACCCGCUCCUCCAACGUCAACAACCGCUGCUGCAUCACCUGCCUCUGCCACAGCCGCACCAUGCCGCGCGCCCCAGCCUCAGCACCCAUCCCGCACCUCUACAGUGCUGCCGCCGCUUCCUCGCAUAGCGCCAGCCCCGCUGCUCUCCCAUGCUGCAGUGGUGGCGGCCCUGCCGGACUGGGCUGUGCUCUCCCUGCUCUCGCCGCUGCUGGGCCCGGCACUGAAGCAAAUGCACGUGGCCUCGCAUGUGCUGGACGACCCUGCAGGGCUGGAGAGGGAGCUCUCUCUGCGUGCCAUGGGUGCGCACCAUCGCAUCUUUGCAUGCCAUGUCCUCACACGUGCUUUCAGCAAGUUUGCUGACCUCUUCGACCGUCGCGCCUUUCAAACGCUAUGAUCUGAUCUCAUGAAUGGGCGCUUGCUUGCUCAAGUUCGUUAUACACCAUACCAUGCAUCGUGUUAGCCACACCUUUGCAUGUUCUAUCAAUUGCAACAGCUUGCGUACCAUACAUGUUCGUCAUUGAUUUCUUGCAGCAGCUUCUGAAUGGGCGCCUUAUAAAUCACAUACAU